GAAGAUAUUCAUGAUCAACUUAGUCAGAUAAUCCGAGACGUUAAUUCAAAAAAAAUAUUUCGACCAUCAAAAGAUGAAUAUUUUAUGCGUUUAGCAGAAGUAGUAGGAUUAAGAACUAAUUGUAUGAAACGUAAA